AUGAGACACAUCACCGACCUACCCACCGAGGUCAUCACGGCCAUUGGCGACUUCCUCCCCUGCCGCAACUCCAUCCACUCUACCGUCCUCACCUGCAAAUUGUUCCACGAACAAUUUUCUCACCUUCUCUGGAAAGCCGUCGCAGUUUCCACUAACGACUUCAAUCCCGGCCCGGAUCCCACCAGCCUCAAGGCCCACGCCCACUUAGUACACGACCUCACCUACGAAGGACAUCUUCAAGGAGAGUACUACAACAUCUCAUUCCCGCGUCUGAUCAGCCUAAACCUCUGGACCAAUGAGAUAAAAUCGUCAUCCCAGGCACUCGACGCCGACUGGUCCAUCCUCGUUAUGCUCAACCGCACAGUCCGAGAUAUUGAGGUCUCGGUUUAUAUCUCCAUCUGCCUGGUGGACGUUUGGGACGCCAUCGUUACCUCGCUAUACUGUCCGCGACGAUUGACGAUUAGUGGGAAGCAUUUGACUGUAAUCAUGAACGACGAGGAUACGAGGGCGUUCUGGAGGGCGUGUGGACGGUUUGAGGAGAUCAAUUACAAGGGUCGGGAUCAGGCGUCUACCUCGCGGGGAUUUGUGGACUACGACUAUUCACAACUAAAACGUCUGCGUUACAAAUCAACAGAGUUUGCCUCCCAUACCCAAGGCCAGAUCGAUUGGGUUGGCAAAUGCUACAAUCUGACACAGUUCCGAUGGGAGUACAGCAAAAGACUGAUUCCCCUGCAGCGGUUUGCGGACCUUGCUCAAAUGUCGACGUGGCCUUUGCUGGAGGGUAUUUGUAUUGGCAGGACUUCUGGAACCGACGAGCAGCUGGGGGUCAUACUUGGCCAUCUGCCGCCUUUGAAGCACUGGAAGCUCAAGUCAGGAUGUUUUGGACCGUUGGCUUUUGAUCAACUCCGGGGUCGCCACUUCGACAGCAUAACAACCCUGCGCAUGCCAAAAGUCGAUACGUUUACGAGUCAUAUGGCGCUGGAAACUCUGUCGCAUUGCCCCCAGUUGGAGGUGUUUGAGGCCCGUCGCAUUUCCCUGGAGGAUAUUUGCUUGUCUCCUCGACCCUGGGCCUGUCGACGACUGAGACGCCUAGUAGCGUUUUUCACAAUGGCCAGCAACCAAGGCGACGGGGCAGAGACAUUAUUCUUUGAACAGCUUUCGAGAUUGGAGCAGCUGGAGGAUAUUGAUGUCAGUCAAGCGCCUCUUCUCGGUUCAGACUACAAGGCAAUCUUUGAGCCUGCCCCCCAAUGGAGACUGGACCAUGGACUUUCUCGACUGUCUACACUAUCGCGGCUAAGGAGGUUCAAAUGUGACCAUGGCAUGCAGGAUAUGAGGGUGGAGGAUGUGGAAUGGAUGCUGGUGCAUUGGCCGUUGCUUCGGAUGUUUUCUCGGCGCGUCUCACUCGACAAGGACGCACAGCAGGAUAUUACAGCGCUGAUUGAGGAGCGAGGUUGUAAUAGUGUGUCAUUAUUUACAUAUGAAUAA